AUCUACAGUAAGUUGUUCAUUUGUUUCUAUAGUUAGACUCAUCGUGUUCCAUCCGUACAGAGUUUGUGGAGUUUUCGUUGUCUAAAAACUGAUUUUUCAUAAUUGUCUAAACGAUUCAACAUGGUGUCUCUUAAUCCCGUCAGAAUUUUAAAGAAUGAAGCGGAGGAGGAAAAAGGCGAAAUUGCUCGUAUGAGUCUCUUCACGGGAGCAACUGUGAUUGGAGACUUCAUUAAAUCUACAUUGGGCCCAAAAGGCAUGGAUAAAAUUUUAGUGUCUUCACAACGUAAUAGUGAUCAAAUUCAAGUUACUAAUGAUGGAGCGACUAUUUUGAAAAGUAUUGGAGUUGAUAAUCCUGCAGCUAAGAUUUUGGUUGAUAUGUCAAAAGUUCAAGAUGACGAGGUUGGCGAUGGGACCACAUCCGUUACCGUAUUUGCAUCUGAAUUAUUAAAACAAGCAGAAAAAAUGGUUGAACAAAGAAUUCAUCCCCAAACAAUAAUCACAGGAUGGCGUAAGGCAACUAAUAUAGCAAAAGAAGCAUUAGAAGCAGCUGCAGUUGAUAAUUCAGCUAAUACUGAAGAAUUCCGUAAAGAUUUAAUAAAUAUCGCUUGUACUACGUUGAGUUCCAAAAUUUUAGCUCAGCAUAAAGAGCAUUUUGCUAAACUCGCAGUCGAUGCUGUUCUUCGUCUAAGAGGAUCUGGCAAUUUAUCUGCAAUCCAAGUGAUUAAAAAACGUGGAGCUACUUUGGCAAAUUCAUUCCUGGAUACAGGAUUUUUAUUGGAUAAAAAACCUGGCGUUCAUCAACCACAUAAAGUACGAGAUGCUAAAGUUUUAAUUGCAAACACUCCUAUGGAUACUGAUAAAAUCAAAGUAUUCGGAUCUAAAGUCCGUGUAGAUUCGAUGGCGAAAAUAGCAGAGUUGGAAGUCGCAGAAAAAGAAAAAAUGAAAGAUAAAGUUGACAAAAUCAUCAAGCAUGGAUGUAAUGUAUUUAUAAAUCGACAAUUGAUCUAUAAUUAUCCAGAACAGUUAUUUGCCGAUGCAGGCAUUAUGGCUAUUGAACAUGCUGAUUUUGACGGAAUUGAGAGAUUAGCUUUAGUCCUUGGAGGUGAAAUUGUCAGUACAUUUGACAAUCCUGAGCUUGUAAAACUUGGCAAAUGUGAUCUUAUUGAAGAGGUCAUGAUCGGCGAAGAUACACUACUCCGUUUCUCAGGAGUUCCUUUAGGAGAAGCAUGUACCGUCGUGAUUCGUGGAGCAACUCAACAAAUUCUUGAUGAAGCUGAACGUUCACUUCAUGAUGCUCUUUGCGUUCUAACAGCAACAGUACGUGAAUCUAAGAUCGUUUAUGGAGGCGGUUGUAGUGAAAUAUUGAUGGCAGUGGCAGUACUCGAAUCGGCUGCGUCUACACCAGGAAAGGAAGCUGUAGCUAUGGAAUGUUUUGCGAACGCCCUUCUUCUUCUUCCUACUUAUAUUUCUGAUAAUGCUGGAUACGAUUCAGCUCAAUUGAUCAGUGAAUUGAAAGCUUUGCAUCAUAAUGGAAAUAAAACCAUGGGCUUGGAUAUGAAAGAAGGAAAAGCCAGUUGUAUGAAAGCAUUGGGAAUAACCGAAUCUUUGGCAGUGAAACGUCAAGUAUUAUUAAGUGCUGCUGAAGCAGCAGAAAUGAUUCUUCGCGUUGAUAAUAUUUUACGUUCUGCACCACGAAAACGUGUUCAAGAUCGUGGUCAUUGUUAAAUGAAAACAGACGUUAUAAGAUCAACUUAUAAUAAUUCAGUUUCACCAUUUCUUAAAAACAAAGAAAACGAACUUUUUUACGUCUAAUCCCACUGCUUUAUAACAAUUUAAUUGUUUACAUUACAUGAUUUAUUCGUAUUUCAAAAAUAAAUUUAUAAAAAAGAAACAAAGAUAAAUAAUUAA